UCUGACUCAACAUGUCAAUACACACUGAAGACUUUGAUCUGAAACUACAGGAGAAAAAGUUGUUGAAAUCUGCUACCUUUGCCAAUGUACUUGGGAGCGACUGAAAGUCAAGUUUGUUUUGGUUGUAUACAAUCAGACACGGAGGGUUCUACCUAUGGGCACUGGGCAGUUUGUGAUGGCCGUGUCUCAGUGGAUGUUCUGUACUGCAGUGCUGCUCCUCCUCGUCCAGGGGCUCCAGUGUUCUCCGACUCCCCCUGCCUGUCCUGAGUCCUGCCUUUGUCAGAGAGGUCCUCUGUUAAACUGUUCCUCUGCUGGCCUUUCCAAGGCCCCACAACACAUCCCUUCCACCGUAAAUGAUCUAGACCUAUCUCACAACCUCCUGAACUCCCUUGAACCCUCGUGGCCAAGUUGGGGGCUUAAUAAUCUAUGGCUUGGACACAACAGCAUCACUCACCUGUCUCUGUGUGUGGGGAGGAACUGGAGGGGUAAACAUGGGAGAAUACUCCUCUCACACAACAGAGGAACAUGUGUAUCCUGGGCCCCGGCCCUGCAGCUGCUGUCUGCUGAGAGGAACCAGCUAGAGAUGAUCCCUGAGGGCCUGAGAGGCAGUGAGUUCCUGCAGGUGCUUCAGCUCUCCCACAACAGGAUCUCUGGCCUUCAACCUGGAGAUCUUUGCAGGUGCCCCCAUCUGAGAGAGCUUUGCCUGCAACACAACCACAUCUCCAACCUCCACCCACAUGCCCUCAGGGACCUCCCAGAGCUCAGGGUCCUGGAUCUGAGCUUCAACCUGUUGACCACAAUCUCUCCAUCCGCCUACCUGUCGCUACGUAACCUGAAUGCCCUGGUGGAGGUGAGUGGUAACAGGUGGAGGUGUGACUGCAGCCUGCGGAGCGUGAGGAGGUGGAUGGCCUACGAUAGGCAAAGGGCCCAACAGCAGAUCUGGAGGGGGGUGGUGUGUUCCUCCCCGUCCACCCACACAGGUAGAGACCUGCUACACUUGGAGGACAGUGACCUCACCUGCUCUACAGCGGAGAACAGGGAGGGGCUCCACCAGGAUGUGACAGUGACUGAGGGGACAGAGAUCCUGCUGCCCUGCGGCACCCUGCGGCAAGAUUCAACAUGGUGGACGACUAAUGGACAAGUUCCUGGAAGUCAGAUGGGCCUGCUGAUCAGUGACAUCACAGAGGAAGACGCAGGGCUGUACGUGUGCAUGUCUGGGCCAGAAGAGCAGUAUAUAUCUGUAUUUAACAUCCAUGUUCAUAAGACACAGAGGAAAAGCAGAGGCGCCAGGAGUUUACACUGGGAGAGGAAGCUGAUAAACACAGAGGUAGGCAGCCUAACGAGGGAGGGUCAGGGGACAGACCUGAACUCUCUAGAUCUCCACAGGGCUUCUCAGAGAACACAGUCUGACCUGGUCCUGGCUGUCUGCCUGUCUGUAUUCAUCACCUUCCUGUUAGCAUUUAUACUUGGUGCUCUUGCCAGACCUCUUCUGGACCCUCUCUGGAGGAGGUGCUGUAACCGUACCAAGCAAAGCUCCUCCCCAGCCCAGUCGGUCUCCUCUGCUGGGCAGGGCCCCUACGACAAUGGCGCCUAUUCAGAUGAGGCGCAGGAGGAACUAGGAACACACAGGGAGAGUAGAGUGACAUUCAGAGGACAUCCUUCAGAAAUAAGGGAUCAGAGUAGCAUUCCAUACUAUGAUACGGUGGCCAAUGGCAGACAGGACAACCUCACUGGGGAAUAUGAUGCAACAUAUGAGAAUGUUUAUGCAAAGGAUAUCUCACACCCCUCCCUUGAGGUCCAUCACCCACCUAACGAGAAGCCCAGGGCACAGGACUCUGUCAGCUCAGGCAGCUCCCGACAGGACAGCCCAAAGACAGACACCCAUAGCGGAGAAUUCUCUGAUGUCUCUCUGAUUGAACCACAAGUGGGUGCUCACCCAAUCCAUACCCACCAUGGCAUGGAGUUUGAACCCAUCCCUGACCCAGAACAGUUGCAGGGAUAUUGA